CUAAUAGAACCCAAUCCCACCGAAGACGCUGCCGCCCGCGCCAAGGAGGCCGAGGAGCAGGCUGCUCUGCCUUACAAAUGGACCCAGCAAAUCUCUGAGCUCGACAUCACGUUCAUUGUCCCCGGGAACCUCAAGUCGAGAGACCUGGUCAUCGAUAUCAAGAAGAAGAAGCUGUCAGCUGGUAUCAAGGGACAAGACCCAAUCAUUCAGGGCGACACUCCCCACGAUGUGAACACCGAGGACUCGACCUGGACUCUCGUCACGAACUCGGACGGAACCAAGACUGUGGAGAUCCACCUCGACAAAGUCAACAAGAUGGAGUGGUGGGCUCAUGUCGUCACCACGGCUCCCAAGAUCGACGUCUCGAAGAUCCAGCCCGAGUCCUCCAAGCUCUCCGACCUCGACGGCGAGACACGCGGCAUGGUGGAGAAGAUGAUGUUUGACCAGCGCCAGAAGGAGGCCGGUCUUCCCACCUCGGACGAGCAGAAGAAGAUUGACAUUCUUAAGAAGUUUCAGUCCCAGCAUCCGGAGAUGGACUUUAGCAACGCCAAGAUCAGCUAG